GACGGGCUGUACAGGGGUUAAGACAGGAAACUGAGCACUGGAGAUCAGGGUUGCUUUCACGGAAAAGCCCAUCCUGUCACACCCAGUCCUGGUUUCAGCACGGCCGGAUCUCAGCAAUCCCUCCUGUACCUCGCACUUUGUCAUCCCCACAUCUCCUGUUACAUUGCAGCGUUUUUUUGAAAAGCACUCAUCCUCAAUAAAUAUUCAACCACCGUUCCCACAGCUGUUCUGAAACACGUUUCAUUUCCCAGUAUCAGACUGUCUCAGGCUCUGCAUUCUUGGUUCAUUCAGAUUUAUUUAAUCCCUGCUCUUGGGGAAAUUGGAAGCUGGGGACCCUUCCCCCUUGCAGUACAGCUGCUGUGAUUAAUAUCCCUUCCUCAGUGGAGUUGCUGUGUGUUCAGUGGGCAAACUCUGUACUGCAGGAGUUCAGCAGGUCAUCGAAAGUGAAAGUAAUUUGAACCAGGAAGUGUUGUUUGUGUAAAAUGGCUUUCGGACAGCAGGUAGAGAGUUUAACGGAGGAGGUACUUUGUCCCUUCUGCCUUGUUUUCUUCACCAAUCCAGUUACCCUGGGCUGUGGACACAACUUCUGCCUCUCCUGUAUCACACAGUGUUGGGAAAAGGAGGGGAGAAACUGCUGUCCGGAAUGUAGACAGGAGUUUGCAGACAGAUCCCUCAGGGUAAAUCGGGCCCUGGCAAGUCUGGCUGAAAAAGUUCAAAAAUUAAACCUGAAUUGGAAAGAGACGGAGAUGAGAUCUCAGUGUGAGAAACAUCGGGAGGAACUGAAGCUGUUUUGUGACACGGACAAGCAACUGGUCUGUGUGAUUUGUAGAGACGCGAGGGAACACAGGUCUCACAGCUUCAUGCCGAUUGAAGAAGCUGCGGAGAUUUACAAGUGUCAAGUUAAAUCAUCGUUCGAAUCUCUGACAGAGAAGAAAUCUGCCAUCCAGGAGUUGGAACGGCGACAGAAACAGCAGAUUUCUGGAGUGAGGGAACAGUCACACAGUCUGCAGGCCAACGUCACAUCUGAAUUUGCUAAAAUACACCAGGUUCUGGCUGAGAGAGAGCAGCGCCUACUGAGUGAUCUCAGGGCAGAGGAGGAGAAGAUUCUGAACACCAUGGAGAAAAAUCUUCAGGAGAUUGAAGAGAAUUUAACCUCUGUAGAGGAGAAACUCUCCAAGUUACAGAAACAGAUGAAUGAGGAAGACAGUGCGACGUUUCUGAAGGAGGAGUUGUGUCAGGACAGGAGGGUUAGUGAGGAAGCUCCGACAUUGUCUGUAACAGAAGGUGCCGUAACCAUCGGAGAAUUCAGGGACACAAUAUUGAGAGGGAUGUUUGAUGCCAUGAAGCAAGUCUGCGAGACCCUGGAUGUGGAAUCGGCCAGUACGUGCCUCAAAGGGUCUGAGGAUCUGAAUGGUGUGAGAGGGACCGGGACCCAGAAGAGUCUCUCUGACACCGGGGACAGUGAGGAGUACAAUAAACGUGGAGAUUGGGGAAUGAAACUGUUGUCUGAGGCUCUGAGGGACCCGGAGUGUAAAAUACAGAAACUGGGGUUGACAGCUGAUCAUUUCACAUCUGAGUUUGAGCACUUCAUCUCCGAUCUCAGUACAAACCACUCACUGAGAGAGGUGGAGCUGGACCUGAGUUACAGUGAAUUGGGAGAUUGGGGAAUGAAACUGGUGUCUGAGGCUCUGAGGGACCCGGAGUGUAAAAUACAGAAACUGGGGUUGACAGCUGAUCGUUUCACAUCUGAGUUUGAGCACUUCAUCUCCGAUCUCAGUACAAACCGCUCACUGAGAGAGGUGGAGCUGGACCUAAGUUACAGUGAACUGGGAGAUUGGGGAAUGAAACUGUUGUCUGAGGCUCUGAGGAACCUGGAGUGUAAAAUACAGAAACUGGGUCUAGAUUUUGUCAGUCUCACAGCUGCUGGUGUUGUGGAUCUCACCUCCGCUCUCAGUACAAACCGUUCACUGGCGGAGCUGGACCUGGGUGGUAAUAAACUGAGAGAUUCAGGAAUGAAACUGGUGUCUGAGGCUCUGAGGAACCCUGGGUGUAAAAUACAGAAACUGGGUCUAGGUUCUGUCAGUCUCACAGCUGCUGGUGUUGAGGAUCUCGCAUCUGCUCUCAGUACAAACCGUUCACUGACGGAGCUGGACCUGGGUGGUAAUAAACUGGGGGAUUCAGGAGUGAAACUGGUGUUUGAGGCUCUGAGGAACCCUGGGUGUAAAAUACAGAAACUUGAUCUAGGUUCUGUCGGUCUCACAGCUGCUGGUGUUCCGGUUCUCUCCUCUGCUCUCAGUACAAACUGCUCACUGACAGAGCUGGACCUGGUUUAUAAUGAACUGGGAGAUUCAGGAGUGAAACUGGUGUCUGAGGCUCUGAGAAACCCUGGGUGUAAGAUACAGAAACUGUGUCUACGGUCAGUCGGUCUCACAGCUGCUGGAGUUGUGGAUUUCACCUAUGCUCUCAGUACAAACCCCUCACUGACUGAGUUGGACCUACGUGAUAAUGAACUGGGAGAUUCAGGAGUGAAACUGGUGUUUGAGGCUGUGAGAAACCCUGGGUGUAAAAUACAGAAUCUGUGUCUACGGUCUGUCGGUCUCACAGCUGCUGGUGUUGGGCAUCUCGCAUCUGCUCUCAGUACAAACUGCUCACUGACUGAGCUGGACCUGGCUAAUAAUGAACUGGGAGAUUCAGGAGUGAAACUGGUGUCUGAGGCUCUGAGGAACCCGGGGUGUAAAAUACAGAAACUGGGGUAAGUACCAGACUGUGAGACAUUGGGACAGAUCAUCACUCCAUCGAUCUCCACAGACUGAGUAACAGGUCCUCACCUCGGGCUCCAUCAGGUCCACUCACAACUUCAGUGUUAAAGUUUAUUGUCAGGGGCAAAUCUAAACAGGGUGUAAAUGUUGUGAAAACUAGCUUUGUGCAACAACAGCAUAGAUCAUUAGGAGCAUGUCAGACAUUAAUUACACAAGUUAAAUUAACAUUAAUUACACAGUAAACAAAUAAUUUGACAGAAUCUAUUCUGAGACGGGGAGAAAAGUCUGUGAGGUUUGUGUGUUUUUCCUUGAGUAAUUGAGUUUCCUCCUUGUAUUCCAGUUUCCUCCCAAGUACAGAGACAUACAAGGUAUUAGGUGAACUGGUCUUUCCAAAUUUUCCUGUGAUUAGGUCUAUUUCAUGUGGUAUCUCUAAAUAAAUGAAGUAGAUAUAAUUAGCAUCUUUCAGGUCAGUUCAAUAACCGAUGUAGUGUGAAUAGUCUGUUGUUGAACUUUGGGAUGUACGUUCUCGGGCUCCUGUACCUCCUGUCUGAUGACAGCAUGGACAGAUGGUGUGGGUUCCUGAUGACAGAUGCCACCUUCCUGAGGCAUUGCCGAUUGCAAAUGUCCUCGAUGGUGGGGAGAGUUGUACGUGAUGUGGAACUGUCUGUAGUGUCUUGUGUUCCUCGACAUUGAAGUUUCUAAUCAGACCGUGAUGCAACCAGUCGGAAUGCUUCUCUAUGUACAUCUGUGGAGGUCUGUCACAGUCUGUGGUGACGAAUCAAUCUCAUUAAACUUCUGGGAACGUAGAGAAGCUGGUGUGAGCCGUUCAUAUUUCCCUCAAUGUUCUGGGUCCAGGAGAGAUUCUCUGAGACAUUGUCACCCAGGAACUUGCUGUUACUCACCCUUUCCACCGCUCACCCCUCACUGAGGACUGGUGCCAGUUUGUCUGAUUUCCCCUUCCACAAGUCCACAGUCAGUUCCUUGAUCUUGUAGUUGUUCAUUGUGGAAGGAGAGUUA